UGAUUACAAAAGAUAUCUUUCGAUCAUCUAUUAUCUGAUUUAUCUCUUUAAAUACUACUCCCUAAAACGGAGUAAAACUGUAGCAGAGUUCUUCGCGAUUAAAUCCUCUCGCUGCGUUAUCAUCGACCGUGUAAUCGGAAGAUAUCUUUUGGCUACAAUGGUGACAAAAAAUACUGCUGAUUUGGGGAGGAGCGGAGGAGUUUACAUGCCUCUUUUCAAGUUGGCUAGGAUGAUGGAGGAUGAAGAGGACAAAAGCUCAGUGGAAUACCAAAAGAUCACGUGGGAUGCUCUUAGGAAGAGUAUAAAUGGGUUGGUUAAUAAAGUUAAUGCAACAAAUAUCAAGAACAUCAUUCCAGAACUUUUUGCUGAGAAUCUGAUUCGUGGAAGGGGCCUGUUUUGCCGCUCUUGUAUCAAGUCCCAGAUGGCUUCUCCUGGUUUUACUGAUGUUUUUGCAGCACUGGCUGCUAUUGUUAACACCAAGUUCCCAGAGGUUGGAAAUCUUCUUCUGAGGAGGAUUAUUUUGCAGCUUCAGAGAGCCUACAAACGCAAUGAUAAGCCCCAAUUGUUGGCAGCUGUUAAAUUCGUUGCCCAUCUUGUGAACCAGCAAGUAGUUCAUGAGCUGAUUGCCCUUGAACUUGUUGCUGUUUUGCUUGAAAAUCCCUCAGAUGACAGUGUUGAAGUUGCAGUUGGUUUUGUUACUGAGUGUGGGUCUAUUCUCCAAGACUUGACUCCACAUGGAUUGUAUGGUAUUUUCGAGCGGUUCCGUGGGAUACUUCAUGAAGGAGAGAUCGAUAAAAGAGUCCAGUUCUUGAUUGAAGGCCUCUUUGCAAUACGCAAAUCAAAGUUUCAGGGUUAUCCCGCUGUUCGCCCUGAGCUCGAUUUAGUAGAGCAGGAGGAUCAGAUCACCCAUGAAAUAUCUCUUCUGGAUACUGUAGAAGAUGAAGAUGUACUGAAUAUUUUCAAGCCAGAUCCCAAUUACUUGGAAAACGAAAAGAAGUAUGAAGAUUUGGAAAAGGCAAUACUGGGUGAUGAAUCUAAGGAAGAAGGGGAUUCUGAUGCUGAGUCUGUGGUUGAAGACGAAGAGGAUGAAGUGGAAGAUGAUGAGGAACGAAUGAGAAUAACUGAUGAGACGGGAACAAACUUAGUCAAUCUUCGAAGAACCAUCUAUCUGACUAUUAUGUCGAGUGUGGGCUUCGAGGAAGCAGGCCAUAAACUCUUGAUGCUUAAACUUGAGCCUGGUCAAGAGAUGGAAUUAUGCAUAAUGAUUCUAGAGUGCUGCAGCCAGGAGAGAAACUACCGCCCUUUCUAUGGGUUUUUGGCUCAACGUUUUUGUAUGAUCAACAAGAUUUACCAGGAGAACUUUGAAAAGUGCUUUGUGCAACAGUACUCAACGGUUCAUCGGUUGGAAACCAAUAAACUGAUAAAUGUUGCACAGUUCUUUGCCCACUUGCUUGAAACUAAUGCAUUGCCUUGGCAUGUUCUGUCUUACAUUCGACUCUCCGAAGAAGAUACCACCUCCUCUUCCCGCAUCUUCAUCAAAAAUCUCUUCCUGGAAUUAUCUGAACGUCUUGGGAUCCGGCUUUUGAAUGAACGCCUGAAUGAUCCAACCAUGCAAGAGUCGUUUAACUCUAUUUUCCCAAAGGACAACCUGAAGAAUGUAAGGUUUGCAAUUAAUUUUUUCACCAUCAUCGGCCUGGGUGGGAUCACUGAGAACCUCCGGAAAUAUCUGAAGAUUAUGCAAGGCCUCAUCAAGCAGAAGCAACAGAAGCACACCACCCCUGAGGAAGAGGAGACUUCACGAAGAAAAAGGGGGAGGCAUUGAUCUGCCCAAUUGACACAAGUGGAUCAAAAAGCGUGUUCUCUGUUUCUCACGCAUUAUCCGACCCAAAAAGAAAAAAGAGAAGGAAAACAAGUCAAUAGCUGCUUAUGUCAACUGGGAUGUGAGGUUCAAGGAUUUGAAAGGCUCAUCAUUUCUUAAAGAAUCUCUGUGAGGAAAAAAAAGAAGUUUCAGUGUGUUUGCAAAGAUGUGGAUCUUGAAGUACUAUUUCCGCGUCUCCCUGACCAAAUCCCCCCACAUUAGGAUUAUUCGUUAAUGGUUGAUCAAAUUUGAUAUCUUCCCCUUCUGAAACAAGAAGUUCUGGUCCAGGAGGGAUUAUCCAACUCGCAGCUGUUGAUGUUUAUAUCGAGCAUUAAAGGCCGCACUUUUACCCUUGAGGUUCAUCGGUUUUCAUUUCUAUCAUUUUCCUACAUGGGGCGGGAUGUGUCUUGAAUCUGAAAGUUCCACUUGUUAAUCUUUCUAAACUUACAGUUUAAUAAUUCAAUGUUGCAUGGAUUCACUCUUAUCUUAUACUCCCUCCGUCCCAGAAAAUUCUUCCAAGUUUGACUUGGAUCGGAGUUUAAGAAAGUGGGAAUAAUGUGGAAAUGUGUGGUUGUAGUUAUGUAAGAAAAAAGUGAAAUGAAUGUGAGCCACACAAAUAAUCAAAAAGGUGAAGUUGGAAGAAUUUUCUGGGACGUCCCAAAAAGGAAAGUUGGAAGAAUUUUCUGGGACGGAGGGAGUACUACGUAUUAAAUAAUUUACUGGGUUCUUAUUAAUCAAGUGAUGUAAUUUAGUAGCCAGAUAAAGAAGUGGAAGAUUGAUGUUGCGGAGUUAGCAAAAUAUAUGGGCUGCAGAAUGUGUGGAAACUUGAGCCACUCUGCAAUGGUUUGAAAUAUAUUUUAUGGAGGCUAUCCAGGUUUCUGAAGAAUGAAGAAUCUGAUGGAUUGUUUGUCUUCAGAAAUAUAUACGGAGUACUUCUUUAUCUUUCAAAUCUACUUCUGAAGCUAGGUGCCAAUGGCUAUAGGUGAUGCCAAUGUGCUUCUUAGGAUAGCUUUUCAACUCUUUGGUCAUUUCCAAAUAGGUAACCAUAGUUGGUCAUAAUUGCUGCCCAUGCCUGUAGCUAUUCUAAUGUGGUUGAUUCAGAUUAGCAAUUUUGGUCUAUAUCUAAUAUGUUUAUUUGUUAACAAACGCUUUACGAUCCUGUGGGUGACUAAAAAAGAUGAUUUGCUUUUUGCCUCACGUAUGCUUCUAGAUGGGAGAUCAAGAAGGCAAGAAGAAUGUGGGAAGAUUAGUUGGAUGACACAAGCUUUCAGCCACAUUAUCCUUAUGGUGUUACUUGUAUGAAGGAUCAAGGAAUUGCAAGUAUAAUCAAUAGGAAAGACAGUCAGAGUUAUACUUACGGAACUCUUAUUUAUGUUAAUGGAAUCAAACAAAUUCAUUCUGGUCUUUGGUCAUUGAUUCAUUCCAUAAAUUACUUUUCUAGGAUAACACAUGUAGCUGCUAGUCACUGGUGUUAACUUACUGUUGGAAAUAUGAUGGAAAAAUAUAUAUUUUAGGGGGGCUCAUUUAUGAGUCCUGAGGAUAAAUGUAUAGAGUAUGAUUUGGAAAUGAUUU